UGAGUUAAAGUCUAUUUACAAACACUAUUUUGCAGCUUUACAAAGUAACCUCUCUCUCUCUCUCUCUCUCUCUCUCUCUAACCCCAUUCACUUUCCAACUCCUUCGGCCUGCGGCUGCUUCAACUGUUCUUCAACUCUGCUCUCACUCAGCUGUUACCCUCACCAUGGGUUCUGGAGAUUGUAUCAAUGAACUAGAUCAAUGCAAACUACCAUCUCAGAAAUCUUUGGAAAAAUUGGAUAGAGCUAGUGCUUUGGGGCUUCAUAAGGAUGCCGCUGAGACACCAAUGAAAUUGAUGGCAAAUGGGAUGGCUUCUCUGGGGCCUAUUACUCCUAAAGCAGACAGAGAGAAUGGGGAUUUCACCAUUGACUUCAUAUCUCCGCCCUCAUUUUUAAAGAAACCGUCAAUGGUGACCUGCCUCAGUUCCAACACCAACAGAAAUGGGGAUGACCCAUUUGGUUAUUGUGCUGAUGGUAGCAGCCCUAGGACACCAGUGGAUGGUGUCUUCGAUCCCUUUGCCCCCGGUCGGGAUGACCUGGCAUUGGCACCCCGGUGUAAAAAAUUUGUCAGUAAGUACAGAAGUGUGGUUGCUCGUCAGCUUAAUUUUGAUUCUCCUGUCCAAAGUUCAGAAGAUGAGAUUUGGACUGAUGUAGAAUCUAUUUCGGACGAGGAAAUGUUUGAAGCGGUGUAUGAAAAUCUAUUGAAAGUUAUUGUAUCCGAGCAAACUGAGGGAGUUUUUUCUGAAUGUUCAAGGAAAGGUUGGGAUUCUGAUGACUGCAAAACACCUCCCCCGGAACCGCUUCUAAAUGGAGUAGCUGAAUCUUGUCCUGGUGCGCCCUUGAGGCCAUCAGGGAAAUCAAGGAACAUUGACUUGGGGUUAAUCAGAAAGCUUGAAUUCUAGCACCAUCUGACCCAUGCGGUUAUAUGCAGUGAAUUUGCUAGAAUUCGGGUACUUCUUUCCAACAGCUGAUCAUUUGCUAAUUAUCAUUUCUGCCCCUCUUAUAUGUUUCAUAGGGAUCAACUCAGUCUCUCUGUCUCUCUCUGUCUGACCUAGAUUAUACAGUAGUGCUAGCAUUGUACAGUAGUUGUCGACCUUAUUUAUAUUUUCAACCACAGGAAAAGACAUCAUUUUGAUUUUAGCAUUGGCUAGUACUCCUCAAUUUUUACUCAGAAUGUAAGACAAAGGGAGAAAUAAAAUAGAACUUCUUCCUUCAUCAAUCAUGUGCUGAA